UAGAAUUGCAGCUUUUCGUAUAUAGGGAAAGCGGUCCAAUAUUUUUGCUCACCGCUUGCUUAUAGUAGUACAACACUCUCUAGUUUAGCCUCCUCCCUAGUCGUGGUUUCUGGCGGGAAACACAACUACAGAGAGAGAAAGAGAAAAAGACGAAGAUGGAAUCAGAUGGAGCACUAUCCAAUUGGGCAUUAGAGCCUUGUAUGAUGGGUAUCGAUGAAGCUGGUAGAGGCCCUGUACUAGGUCCAAUGGUGUAUGGAUGCUUGUACUGUGCUGUUUCUUUUCAGAAGACUCUUGCUUCAUUGGAAUUUGCAGAUUCAAAAACUCUCAAGGAAGAGAAAAGGGAGGAAUUGUUCGAGUCAUUGAAGGCUAAUGAAUCUAUUGGGUGGAGUGUUGAUGUAAUAGAUCCCCGAGAAUUGUCGGCCAAAAUGUUAAAGAAGAGUAAGAUAAAUCUUAAUGAAAUAUCACAUGAAUCAGCAAUGGGCCUUGUCACACGAGUGCUUAAUAUGGGGGUGCUUCUAACGCAGGUCUUUGUGGAUACGGUUGGAGACGCUGACAAGUAUUGUACGAAGUUGUCUGAAAGAUUUCCAUCAAUUAAAUUUGUGGUUGCCAAGAAAGCCGACAGUCUUUACCCUGUUGUCAGUGGAGCCAGCAUAGUUGCAAAGGUUACUAGAGAUCGGGCUUUGCGUAAUUGGACCUUUGAUGAAUCAGCAGAAAACAUGCACAGGAACUUUGGGUCUGGCUACCCUGGAGAUCCUGAGACUAAGGCCUGGCUGGAACAUCACAAACACUCUAUUUUUGGAUUCCCUACAUUGGUACGCUUUAGCUGGGGCACUUGCACUACUUACUUCAAAGACGGCGCUGAAGUAUUAUGGGAAGCAGAUGGUGCCUUGGAUGAGGAUGGCACAGCUAACAAGAAUGGCAAGCGACAGCUCAAGCUAAGCAAUCUAGGUUUCACAGGAGGCAAGAGAAACAGCGAGGAGAUGGAGUCCAGUGGUAAAGGUCGUUGCAAGUUUUUCCAGACUCGCAAACUCGAACAGCUUGUACAAUUUUAAGUUAUUUCAAGGCAUAUUGAACACACUGCUGUACAAAGCAUGUGGAUGUGCAAAGCAACCUGCAAUGUCUGUCAACUUCAAUGACUUAUGAUGAUAUUUACUGUUUCUGUGGAACCAGAAUGGAAGCAUUGAAGCGUCUUGAUAUGUUUGUUCAUAUUCACAUACUUUGUCUGCCUUGCUUACAAAUGUGGGUGCUUGCUAUGACCGACUGUAAAAUGAGGAACUGAGGUCUGAAACUCUGAGGAUUCUCUGUAACGUUAUGGUUCUGAUAUUUUCCGCUAAUUUUUCUUUUAUCUUGUUCAUCAUUUGCAUUGACAUAUUUAAAACUCAAAUUUUCCAAGAUAAUAAGCUAGGUUAAUCGGUUAACACUAAUAACGUAAACAAGGAUUGGAAGAUUCCUUUG